GACAGCGCAUGCGCAGUGGUGUUCCCUCUAGCUUAGCCUUCACGCUUAUCGCACCGCUUCUUCCGUUAUAUGAAAUAUCCAGUGAUCCGGGCGAUCUCCAUGCCGGCUCGUGGGCUCUGCGGGCGAGAGCAUGACCCGGAGAGCAGUUAGCAGGAAGAGGAGAGCGGCGUCGGGGACAGGCCCCGGGGAACAGUCUGAAUGGGAUCAUGCUGCUUACAAAAGAAGAAGGCUUCUCCCUGAGAAGAAAUCCGUGUUGUAUUAUAUAAAAGGUAGAGAGGUGAAGACAGAAAAUGACUGCAGCUACCGCCGCCUGUUGCGUGGAUAUGCCGCUCAGAGCCUGCCCAGCAUCCUUAAGGAGAGGGAAUUUCAACUUGGGACUCUGAACAAAGUCUUUGCUUCUCAAUGGCUUAACCAUCGCCAAGUAGUGUGUGGAACCAAAUGCAACACUUUGUUUGUGGUAGAUGUACAGACUGGCCAGUUGACAAAAAUACCAAUCUUAAAAGACCGUGAGCCUGCCAGCGUAAUCCCCCAGAGCUGUGGGAUUCACGCCAUUGAAUUAAACCCCUCAAAGACUUUGCUUGCUACUGGAGGUGACAACCCUAACAGCCUUGCCGUUUAUCAGCUGCCGACCCUGGAUCCGGUGUGUGUGGGUGAUGAUGGGCACAAUGACUGGAUAUUCUCCAUUGCCUGGAUUAAUGACAACAUGGCAGUUUCAGGUUCUCGUGAUGGAUCCAUGGGACUUUGGGAGAUAACUGAGGAAGUGCUGAAUAAAAGUGAUUUUAACCAUGGUCUUUCUCGAGUCCCAGUUUAUGCGCACAUUUCUCACCGGGCACUGAAGGAUAUCCCUAAAGACAACAGUAAUUCCAUUAACAGCAAAGUCCGAGCGCUGGCAUUCAAUCAUAAGAACAAGGAACUGGGUGCUGUCUCCUUGGAUGGUUAUUUUCACCUUUGGAAAGCAGAACACACCUUAGCAAAGCUGCUUUCUACUAAACUGCCAUACUCCAGAGAGAAUGUAUGUCUGGCCUAUGGUCUGGAGUGGUCUGUGUUUGCAGUGGGGUCACAGGCCCAUGUGUCUUUCCUGGACCCAAGACAACCUCCGCAGAAUGUGAAAUCUGUGUAUUGCAGAGAACAAGGCAGUGGUAUUCGAUCAGUCAGCUUUUAUGAACAUAUAAUCACUGUGGGGACCGGACAGGGCUCACUUUUGUUUUAUGACAUCAGGGCUCAGAGGUUUCUGGAUGAUACAACAGGCCGCUGCCAGAAUUCGAAGUCCAGAGGGGACAUGUUAAAGCUCUCCUCUGGGAAAGGUUGGCUGAAACAUGACGAAACCUGGAGGAACUACUUCUCUGAUAUUGAUUUCUGCCCAAAUGCCGUUUACACCCAUUGUUAUGAUUCCUCUGGAACAAAACUCUUUGUAGCAGGUGGUCCGCUGCCUUCAGGACUACAUGGAAAUUACGCCGGCCUCUGGAGAUAAAUUCUAGACGAGCAUUGUGAGAAUCGUAAAAUACUUUCUGCUAAUGAACGGGUUCAAUCCCCUUGUACAGCCAUUGGAAAAACGGAUCGGCUCCUUUUUUCCCUCGGAUGUAUAAUAUUUUUUUCAUUUUAUUCACUUAAAGGCACUAUAUCAGUGUUUUGUUUUUUUUGUUGUUUUUUUUUGCCAGCUGUUUCUUAAAAAUAAUUAACAAGCUUUUACACAACUGCUUUUUUAAAGUUUAUUUUAUCCCUCGAAACCUUUUUUUUUUUUUUUUUUUUUUUUUUUUUUUUAACCAUUCUCCAUUUAAAACAGCAGAAGAUGAAUUUAUUUUUUCUUAAACAUCUAAAUAUCUCCGUUGCCUUGAAAGAUGCAAUUACAUUUUUUUUUUUUAUUGCUAAAUCAACCUGCUUCACUGAGAGAGAAAUAUAUAUCAACGCUCACACACAAUGAUUCCAGAUCUGUUUUAAAACUCUACCUGGUUUGAAUGCAUCAUCUGAUGUGCACAGAAAUCCUUUCAAACAUUUUUUUUAGAAAUUUGUAUGUACACGUGCAGGUAACGGCCACUUUGGAAGUACUUUUUUUUUUUUGGUCGUCGUAAAUAAAUCAUUGUUGAGCAUUCCAAGUGCAAGCAAAGAUGUGAUGCAUAAAUGCUCUUUUAGAAAAUCAGGAUACUUUGAGUGGGAUUGCAGCUUUACACUAAAGCAAUCAAACAACUCUUGUUAGCAACAUGAGAUACAUUUAGUAUUUAAGGGACAUUUCCAGAUUUUCUGUGAAAGUCUGGGGACGUAUUACUGUAUGUAUGUAUAUGUGUGCGUGUGUGUGUGUGUGUGUGUGUGAAGGGUACUUUUUUGUGUCCCGUAAAUAACCUGUUUAAAUUACUUGGAGUGAAGACUUUCAUUAACAUUAUUGAUAUAAAAAGCUCAUUAUUCAUUAGGUCCAGCUUGCUUGGCCUUGUUUUAUCACUCUUUUUUUAAAUGUAAAGGAUUCUAAUGACAUUGUACAUUUAAGAAAGGAAAAAAAAUCAAUAAAUCUAAAGACUGGAAACUAUCAGAAUAUAA